AUGGCCGGCAACGGGACCCGGAGCCGAACCGGAUGUCUGGACUGUCGGCGGCGAAAGCGGAGGUGCGAUGAAGGGAAGCCAAAGUGCGCCAGCUGUCGCAGACACGGCGUCGUGUGUGUGUACGUCAAGUCAAGCCAGUCUUCGCCGUCCAAGUUUCUCCUCUCCGUGGCAUCGGGCCACUUCAUCGCGCCGUUGGAGUCGCCGGCGAGCGAUUCCUUUGUGAACCUUCGAAGCGACGAGCUGGCUCUCGUUUGUCAGCAGUACGCAGACGGCCCCAGAGGAGUGUUGCCGUCGUCUCAAGAGCAGCUCACGCCGGCUCUGGGCUGGCUGCCAAAGUCAAGCACGCUCCCCGGCGGACGAGAAAGCAUGAUGGUUCAGUACUACUUUGAGGUCAUUAGCAACAGCCGGGUGUAUGUCCCCAGCGAGAGGAACCUCUUCCGGACGUGCGUCAUGCCCAUACUCCUGAGCAGCAGCGGCCCUCUCUUUUCUACCGUCCUAGCACUGAGCGCGGCGGAAAUGGUUCGGAGGACCCCGCAAGACGGGGUAGACUAUGCCGGGGCGGCCAUCCGAUACAAAAUCAACGCCUUGACGCAGCUGCAGUCGAAGCUCAACACCGCCCUCGAGGCGGAGGAGAACCUCCUGACGUGUGUGCUCCAGGCCUCCUUGGAGAUAGCCGAGGGGUCUCGCCCGUCGUGGUUGAGGCAUCUGCGGGGCGCUCUGGCCAUCAUGGAUAACCACGGCGACUGGAUCACGCCUGAGUGCGCCGCUCUCGCGCUCCAGUAUUUUCGAUUUCGAUACGUCUUGAUGAAGACGACCGGAUGUAAAGCGCCGCAUCAUGAUGGACAGACCGACGACUGUGAUGAAGCCAUCCAACGCCUCGAACGGCUCUUGCCAGGCCAAGGGACGUUCCAGACCAUCGACCCCCAAAUCGGCUGUUCGAUGGAGCUAGUUCAGUUGAUUAGCAUGAUCUCGGCAGGGGCUCAAAAGGACGGCGGGUACACGGAAGAGGGAUCACGUCUCGAGAGACGCAUUCGAGAGUUGGACUUUUCCGCCGAGAGCGUGCACGACGACUACCUCGUCAAAAGCGCCGAGUGCUUUCGGUUCGCUGCUCUGGUUUACCUCCAGCUGAUUGUGUACGGCGCUACCGUACGGACUCGGGCGAUUCCGCACUUGUUGCAGACGCUGUUGGGUCAUCUUGGCGAGGUGAUUGUCGAGGACCAGCCGAGGCGAUCGUUUCCAAUGUGGCCGCUGUUCAUCGCGGGGUGUGUCAGUUCCAGUGACGCACACCGCAAGGCUGUUCUUGAUCUAUUUAACCUUCUGGACAGCAAGUGGCCUAUCAGCAAUAUCUCGACGGUGAAGAGGGUUGUUUGGACAAUCUGGCAGACAAGGGACUUUGACGGUGGCGGCGCAACGUCCACGGAUCAAGACUGGCAGGAGAUUAUUGACAGGUUUGGAUGGAAGCUUUCCUUGUCGUAG